UACUGAUUUCUCCAUGGCAUCCUCUGAGCAGAAAAAAAAGCCACUCACCCAUGCUGCCUUACGUGAGAAAUUACUGAAAGAAGAAGAGCUGGGAACGUGGCCGAGUCAUGUGCUUGCAACUGAAAUCACAGGAAGACAGGUGUUAUGCAAGAAGCAGGAAGAUGCAGCAAACAGAAAUGAAAGAAGAAAUGCACUAUGCUAAUAAACAGCUGAUGAUGCUUCGACAGGCAGCUUUAAAGCAUCUCUUAAGUACUGAACACUUGCAAUACCAGCUGGAAUUUAACCAUUUGGGAAUGUCAUUCUAUGCCGAAAGGCUUUGAGAAUCUCAAACAUCUGUAACAGUUUGGGCUGUAAUAAGUAGGGCUGACAAAAUGAAGAGCUUAUCUGCCGUCAUGAGAUGUUAUCUCCAGAAAUCCAGUUUCUUCUUGUGAUUGAUAAUAUAAACCUGAAAAGUAGCUGGGAGGAGAGAAACAUUUUUUUACAUACUUCUUCAUCAAGGGGAAGGAAAGGGCUUAGGCAAUGACAGGAAGCAAGUUGACUUCACAGGG